AUGUUCAAAAUCGCCUUAAUCGUUUCCUUUGCCUUUGUGGCUGCAGUGAGUGCUGGCGCCAUCAAUUACGAUUCUCAUCACCACGAUGACUAUCACCACGAUGACCAUCACGAUGACCAGCACUACCAUGGAGUAAAUCACCAGCAACACUACCAACCCCAACAAGUGCAUCACGACGUCCACCAUCAACCCCAAGUACAUGUAGCACACGCACCUGUCCACCACCACGACGACCAUCAUCAUCACGAAGUCCAACAUCAACAAGUCUACGUACCCGUAGCUGUACCCGUAGCUGUGCCAGCCGUCGCUUACCCACAACCAGUGCCACAAACGCACUCCCACUAUCACGAUGACGAUCACCACGACGACCAUCAUCACGACGACUAUCAUCAUGAUUCUCACCAUUAUUAA